AUGGACGACAUGGACAAGACAGACACUGGCACAAUGGACGACUCCGAGAGUACUAUCGACCUUGCCGCACGCAGGCCUCUGCCGCCUCCUUCGUCCUCCACUCCGACCUUGGAGGUAGACAGUCCCGAACACCACCAAGAUAUCUCUCGGCCUUCGACCGCAUACCGAGUCCCUGGCACACCCAGUCACCCGGACGAUGAUCACGACCGCGACCGCGACCACGGAGAGAGCCAGGACCGAUCUCGCGACAACAACGAGCCGACGCCUACGCGCCCAACAUCGUCCGCGCCACGCACCGUCCUAAGAGCCGAUGAUAUCCCUAACCUCCGCCCUCCAAGCGGCUUGCGACAACAGGGCGAACCGCGACAGAGUACGCAAGAACAACAUGUCGGCAGCGCAGGCGACCACAGCUUUGCUGAAGGCCACAGCGGCUUGCCCGACCCUGAACACAACGACUCCUCCAUGGCGCAAAUGCUCCGAAGGCAGCUGCAAGAUAUCGAGUCUAGCUUCACCACCCCGAUCUCUCCUCUACCUACCGUAAACUCCCUCGGCCUGGACGACACCUUUGUAUUCGACUCGCCCUCAAAACCUCCCAAGCCAGGUGCUCCCGCUCCUGCUGCCACUCCAGCUUCCUCACAACCACCUGCUCCCCAGCACGCGGUCCAAGAUGAGCCUUCCUUGCCUCAUAUCCCUCCGCCAUCCGAUUCCGACCAGCCGAGCCCACAACCCAAGAGAGAACCAGCAUCUGACCAGCUCCACGUCCCAGAAGGCACUUCCGCCCUCGAAGCGUUCUCGUCGUCCCCAACUGGUGCCACCACUGCGCGCACCAUUUCAAGAGCAAUGUCCCGGAUCAGCAAUGGACACAACAACAGCGCGCGUGCCGAUGACAGCCAGACUGCCCAAGAAGAAGGCGACAGCAUUGUGCAACACAAUUCUUCGAUGGAUGACUCGCUGCUCCGACCAGCCAAUACCUCGGGUACAUCAGGAGCUUCAGGGACUUCGGCGGCCUCAUCACAACGACGUUCAGACAUGGGAAUACCGAAAAUCAGCGUGGACGCGGGGAACACACCCGGCCACAGCUUGAAGAGCGGGAAGCGCCCGAAAUACCUGCGCAGCCGCAUGGCAAGCCAUCAUUCCUCCUCGUCCUCCUUCAACGACGAUAUCGAAAGCGACGUGACGGCAGGCACAGCGGGAGGGCUCGGCGCGGACUACGCUUUGCAGUCCGGCGGUGCCAUACCAGCAUUGGGCACUUCACGGAACAGCAGUAUGAGCAACAUUGUCACGCGGCAGAUAAGCAUGGGCAGCAUGGCGUCUGACUUUCGCGAGGACUCUACAGGGCGCAUUGGUGUCGAGCCACUUGAGCCUCUGGAUGAAUACGAGGGCAUGUCAUCCGAUAAUCCCAACGACGAUAGACUCAAGACACCGAAGGCUCCAAGGCAGCCUUUGACCGAACCGACUGAUACGGCCAUCGCCCGACACGUUAGGAAUGUACAGGUCCCCGAGUCUCUGGCGAGGGAAUACAGGAGCAAAAGUGGAUUUGUCACACCCAGGAGGAAGUUGUCUGAGGUGAAUCUUGGCGCGAGUGCGAGCACCACUCGCACCGGCAAGAACCUUACUCUGAAGGAGCAGAGCAGUACCAUAGAACGGCUGUCCAAGGAGAACUUUGACCUCAAGCUCAAGGUCAUGUUCCUGAGCGACCGGCUCGACAAGCUCUCCGAAGAAGGUAUUAAGGAGAUGAUCUCGGAGAAUGUGGAGCUCAAGACCAGCGUGGCUGUCAUGCAGCGCGACAACAAGGUCCUCCGCCGCCGUGUUAAGGAGCUCGAGAAGAAGCUCAAGGAUGAGGACGAGCGACCCGACACCGCUAAGAGUGGUGGGUCCUCAGGUCCCGUGCCUGACGACUAUGACGCCCAUGCCAACGAGGAGGAGCUCAUCUACUUGCGCGAGCGCGUCGACGAGUUCGUCACCGAAAUCGAACGGCUCAAGGAAGAGAGCAUGAGCAAGGAAGCAGAAAAGAGGCGCAUGGCCGAGAUGGUCAAGAAUCUGCAGUCCAUUAAUGAGAACCGCGUGGGAGAAUCUCUCGGCCAAGAUGAUGAGACGGCAAUAUGGAAGGAACUCUACGACCAGGAACAAGCACGGCGAGAGCAGGCAGACGAAGAUAAUAAGAGGAUGGGCGAAGAGAACCGCACCCUGCGCGAUGAGAUCUUCCGUUUGAAACAGGAUUUGGCAAACAGCACGAACAACCUCGGAGGCCGGCCGUCAUCCCAUGCCUCGCAUCCGUCAGGCAUGAGUCACACUACUAAUAUCUACAACAUCACCAAGAAGGGCCGGGCGCAGUCACCUUCGAGGCCGCAAACACGAAUGUCAGAAGCCGACACGAUGAACGGAGCAAUGAGCGUCAGCGUAUCUCUGGUCGAGGAGCUCCGUCGCGAGAGCGAGCAGCUGAGGCAUGAAAAUGCCGAGCUCAGGCGCGAGGUCGGCGCGCAAACGUCGAUGCUGACGUCAAGGAACCGUGAGAAGGAGAGGCUCUACCAGGAGAUCGAGGAUCUGAAGAUGGCUGCCCGCCGAGGUGGGCCCACGCCAUCUACGAUCGACAGCCUUCUUGACAGGUCCGCAUCCCGGGCUGGUGCCCACGACCGGCCACAGUCCCGUGGGAGCGGCAUGACUCGUACCGCGACGCUGGAUGAGGACCCCGAACGCGAGGAGCUCGAGAACAAGUUGGCUGAGCUCCGAGACAAACUCAACGGGGUCAAGAUGCAGAAUCAGGACCUGCAGCAGGAGCUCGGCAAUUACAUGCAGGAGUACGAGGCUGAACUGGAGGGCAGGAAGCAGGCCGAGACAGCGGCCCAGCAGCUGCAAGAAGAGCUCGAAGCCACCCAGAACGACCUACUUACGUUGCAGCAGGAGCGUGACGACCUUCUCCAGGAGAACUCCGGGUUAGACCAUGAGUUCAACGCAUUGCGUGAGGAAGCACAGGACGAAAUAGACCACCUGGAGGGCGAGAAUGAGCAGCGAGAGCAAGAGAUUGCGCGGCUCAGCCAAGAACUGGCGGAGCGUAAUGAAAACCAAGAGGCUCUGCAAGAAGAGAUGCGCAGGCUGAGUGAGGACAUGAUUCGCUUUGAAGACACUCAAGAAACGCAGUUCCAACGCAUCCAGGAGCUGGAGACGGAGCUAGCCGAAGCGAACAAGGAGCUUGAGGAUCUGGAGGCGAAACUUCUCGAAUCCAACGACAAAGCGCAAAGGCUUGGUAUCCAGCUCGAAUCCACCCAGGGCGAGAUUGCCUUCCUCCGCGAAGAGCAGGAGAGCGACAAGCUGCGCAUCGGCGACCUGGUCGGCCAGUUGGCAAACACCGAGCUUGCCCUCCGCGAGGAGAAGGAAAGAGUUAAGGAGCUUGAGAACCAACUCCAAUCGGAGCGACACCAGCGCGAAAUUGUGGCGAACCAGGAGAAGGAGGACGUGCAGCAGGUGGUCAACAACCUAAACAGGGAGAUGUCCACUGCCAAGGACGAAGCCAGGAAGCUGCGUAAGAGCCUUUCUAGGCAGGAGACCGAGGCGGCGGACUGGAAGGCGCGGCUGGUGGACCUUGAGAACAAUUUGAGGGAGGCGCUAGGGGAUCUCAACGGCACGAGAUCCAGCUUCCUCAGAGACAUCACCAAGCUUCAGAACGAUCUUGAUACCACGUGCCGGGAGCUGGACGCCACUCGGGCCUCACUCAACGAGAAGGAUCAUCUCAUCAAGCAGCGGGACGAACUUCUCGAGAGCCACGCGCUCGAAUCCCGUCGACUUGGUGACACCCUCGCCAAGGAACAACAGGCGCACCGCAACACGAAGCACCAGUUCGAGACAUACCAAAAGACACAGCAGCACGUUCACGGUACAAUGUCUUCUGCCGAGCUCCGCAUCAAGGAGCUGGAGGCCGCCAAGAGCCAAGACAAGCAACGGCUCUCCAAGCUCGAAACAUCACUCAAGGAACAACUCAACGAGCGCAACAGUCUCCUUCUCGUCCUCUGGACACGCCUCUCAAGCCUCUGCGGCACAGAUUGGGCGCAUGAUAACAGCCUCAUUAGCGGCCGCGCCCUCCCAUCACUCGAGUCAGUUGCUACGAUGCUGCCCGGCUUCAGCAAGAACCUCCUCGCUGCCGUCAGGACCAUUGAGUCCAUCGUCAGCAAGUUCCAAGACCGUGUCAAGUCGGUCGAGCGCGAGCUCUGGCGUGAAUAUCAGCACCUCGAGGACAGCCUUGAUAAGCGUAUCAAGAAGCUCGAUAAGAUCGAGUCGAUCGUGCGCAAUGGAGUGGCCACAGGAUCGAUCGGAAUCGCGGGGCAAAUGAGCCAGGCCCUUCUCGAGGAGCAGAAGCAGCGCAUGGCGAAACUCGAGGACGCGUAUCGCCAGCUCAAGGUGGAGAACGCGACUCUCCGCACGGCGAACGAGGUCCGCCAUGCUAUGCUUGACCCUCGCGCAGAGAGGGGCACGGAUGAUGACGGCAGUCCCAGCCCGAGCAUUCCAACCGGGCCAACAGCACGGGCUACGUCGGGCGAGAGGGGAAGCCAGCGCAGUGAGCGCAGCCGUCAGAGCUCGCGGCACGUCAGCGGUGGCGCGCCGACGACAUCGAGUGGAUCAUCAACGCACCGGGCAACGAGCCGAGCUUCUACCAUGACCCGGGAGACUAUGACCAGAGAGACCAUGACGAGAGAAAGGUCGCACCGGUCUGACAACGAGAUUGCGGCCGCGCAGGACGUGAUCAAUGAGUACAGUCCACGCCACAGCAGCCUGAGCAACCACAAGAACAGCAAUCAUAACCAUAACACGCGUGAUGUGACCUCGGCGGCCGGCUCCCAUGGGCCAAUGUCGCCCGGCGCGCCGCUGGACGCGGAGCUCAAGUGGAUGCACCGCCUGAAAGACAUGGAGAACAAGCUCAAGGCCGAGAGAGAGGGACGGCUGCUGGACCGUAACGAGGCCAGCCGCAAGAUCAUCAGCCUCGAGGAGGUUGCUCUGCAGGCGCAGGCGCGGGAGGCCAAGAUCGAGAGGAGACGGCGGAUGGAGGCCGCGCUGUCUAUAGCAGGUAGCGGUGACAAGAGCGGCGGCGGUGGCGCGAAAAGGAGUCCUAGUGCGGGCGGGGUUUAG